GACAGACGCACCUCACUCGUAGUGACAGCGGAGCUACAGAAGGUCGAAGCAUAAUCGGCAUUUCAUUUAACCUCUGCAUGGUUAAACACACGGCGAUUUCAACGCAAUGGGGCACCAAAGGACGCAUCGUGCUCAAUUUAAAGCGUUUUACAUAAUCUCUCCGACCGCUUGGAUCCGAAGCGCUCUCAUCCUCUGCGCGCUCCCGUCAGUGGCCGUGUCGAAGGACCUACCUCCAUGCGAGGAGAUGGACUACUACUUUGAGUACACAGAGUGUGACAGCACCGGAUCCCGCUGGCGAGUAGCCAUCCCGCGAACGCAGGGUGUAUGCACUGGACUCCCCGACCCCGUCAAAGGCACUGACUGCACGUUCUCAUGUGGUGUGGGUGAGUUCCUGGAGAUGUCGGCGCAGGAGUGUACGCAGUGCGCGGCGGGCACCUACUCGCUGGGCAGCGGCGUGCGCUUCGACGAGUUCGACGACAUUCCUGCCGGCUUCAGCAGCGUGGCCACCUACCUGGACAGUGGAAACCAUGCAGAGGACGAGCUCACCUGCAACGGCUCAUCGUGGGUUGCCCAGGGCAACUAUCUGGAGUCCAACAGGGAUGAGUGUACAGUGUCUCUGAUCUACGCGGUACAUCUGAAGAAGCAGGGCUCCGUCACCUUCGAGUACCAGUAUGUGGACAAGAAUAUGUUCUUCGAGUUCUUUAUUCAAAAUGACCAGUGCCAAGAAAUGGACCAGACAUCAGAUAAGAAAUGGAUCAAAAUGACUGCCAAUGGAGAGUGGGGAACACACACAGUCAACCUGAAGUCAGGUGCCAACGUCCUGUACUGGAGGACCACAGGUAUCAUGGUGGGCGCCCAGGUGGUGAAGCCUACCCUGCUGAAGAACAUUCAGAUAGAGGGUGUGGCCUACACGUCCGAGUGUUUCCCGUGUAUGCCAGGCACGUUCAGCAGUGAGCCGGGCUCGUCCUCAUGUAAGCCCUGCCAAAGGGACACCUACUCUGGCCGGGGAGCCAGCUCCUGCACCCCCUGCAAUCUAGACACACAGUACUCCUCUGAGGGAUCUGGUGAGUGUAAGGGCAAACCUCCUUGCUCAAAGAAGGACUACUUCCAGAUACACACAGCAUGUGACAGUGAUGGAAAGACCCAGAUCAUCUACAAGUGGAUCGAGCCAAAGAUCUGCCUGGAGGACGUGGAGGGUGCAGUAACACUGCCCCCUUCUGGCGAACGCAAGCCCUGCCCUCCCUGCAACCCCGGUUUCUAUAACAACGACACGGCCACCUGCUCUCCGUGUCCCCAAGGGACGUUUUCUGAAGGGAGCAAAGCAUGCCAGCCGUGCCCAGCUGGCACUGAGCCCAUCCUGGGCUACGAGUACAAGUGGUGGAACGUGCUGCCUGCCAACAUGAAGACCUCCUGCUUCAACGUGGGCAACAACAAGUGCGAUGGCAUGAACGGCUGGGAGGUGGCGGGCGACCACAUCCGCAGUGGAACAGGCGGCUCAGAUAAUGACUACCUCAUCCUCAACCUGCGCGUUCCCGGCUUCAAGCUCCCCACAUCGGUCAUCGGCAGCACGGGUAACGAGUUUGGCCAGAUCACCUUUGUCUUUGAGACCAUCUGCUCUGCAGACUGCGAGCUGUACUUCAUGAUGGAUGUGAACAGGAAGAGCACCAAUGUGGUGGGCUCCUGGGAGGGCAGCAAGGACAAGCAGUCCUACACCCACAUCAUGACUGUCAACGCAUCCGUCUCCUACACCUGGGCCUUCCAGAGGACCAACCAGGCCACAGAUGUGCGGCAGUACGUGAACGACAUGGUGAAGAUCUACUCCAUCACGGUGACCAAUGCCCUGGACGGGGUGUCGUCCUCGUGCCGCGCCUGUGCCCUGAUCUCCCAGCACUCGGGCUCGUCCUGCGUGCCCUGCCCGGCCGGCCACUACAUCGACAAGGACACCAACCGCUGCCAGGAGUGCCCGCCCAACACCUACCUCACCGGGCACGAGAUCUACGGCCGCGAGGCGUGCCUGCCCUGUGGGCCUGGCAGCAGGAGCAACAAGGAACACAGUGUAUGCUACAGUGACUGCUCCUUCUCCCAUAUGGAGCAGAAUAAGACGUUUGUGUAUGACUUCAGCGCCCUCAGCCAGGUGGGCUCCAUCAUGAACGGGCCCAGCUUCACCUCCAAGGGCACCAAGUACUUCCACCAGUUCAACAUCAGCCUCUGUGGACCGGAGGGCCAGAGGGUGGCCGUCUGCCUUGACAAUGUCACGGACCUGCCCAAUAAGGAGUCCCAGAGUGGCGAGGGCUCCGAACUGGCCAAUGCCGUUCAGUCAUUCAUCUGCCAAUCAACCAUCAUCCCUGCAGAUGGGCGGGGCUUCAGAACAGCACUGUCUUCUCAGUCUAUCAGCCUGGCAGAUUCCUUCCUGGGUGCUUCCGUGGAGAACACACUUGAUGGUGUCACUGUCAAGCCUGAUCUGUUUCCAGAAACGUCUAAGAAAGUUCCAGAUGUCAACUUCUUUUACCGCUCCCCCCAGGCCACCGCCUCCUGUGACAGCGGCCGACACGCAGUGGUCACCUUGCGCUGCAACCCGGAAAAAUCUGCCAGAGGAGAGCUGUCAGUGCCCAGCGAGUGCCCCGCGGGAACCUGCGAUGGCUGCACCUUCAACUUCCUGUGGGAGAGCGCCAGCGCCUGCCCACGCUGCACCGAGGCCGACUACCACGAGAUCGAGGGAGCCUGCCGGGGCGACGUUCAGGACACGCACUACGUGUGGAACGAGCCCAGGCUGUGCACGGGCGGCGUGGCUCUGCCGGAGAAGAAGACCUGGCCCUGCAAGGCCAUGGACUUCUGGCUGAAGGUGGGCGCCGGCGUGGGGGCCUUCUGCGCCGUGCUGCUCAUCUCCCUCACCUGCUACUUCUGGAAGAAGAACAAGAGGUUGGAGUACAAGUACUCGCGCCUGGUGAUGUCGGCCAACAAGGAGUGCGAGCUUCCGGCGGCGGACAGCUGUGCCAUCAUGGAGGGCGAGGGGGAGGAGUUUGAGGACGAGGUGGUGUACUCCAACAAGCCCUCCCUCCUAGGCAAGCUCAAGGCCAUCGCCACCAAGGGUAACGAAGACACCAGCGAAUCGGUCCAGCUCAAGUCGUCGUCUUCUUCCUCUUCGAAGCCAGAGCGGUGGGUGUGGGGAUAAGUAGAAGAGGAGGGCGAAGAGGAUAAAACAAGAAAGAAAUCGAAUGCAGUGUGAGAGACUGAAGCAGAGAGUGUAAGAGGAAGACAGAGAAAGAGAGAAGAGUAUACUGACCCUAUAGUCGGAAAUGGAGACGUUUCAAUGGCGGGCCCCAAGGAUCCGGGUUUUGAUUGAAGCGAUGUUUUUGUACAGUACCUAUCAGGUGUGGCCUUACACCCGAGUGGAAAGGAGCACUCGUUGCUAAUGGGAAAGAUAUAUGGCAAAUUUGAAUGGUUUCUGCUCAGGAAAAGAGGUGGAAAAUUUUAAUUUAACGAGAAAAAAAAAACGUUAUGAUUUAUUUUUAUUGUAUUUUGAUUGUGUUGUAUUUGUAUUUUUUGCUCAAAUGUCAUUUUGUUACAGUGCAUUUUUUUAUUGUUUAUUGUUGAUAUUGAUGGAAUCGAUCCAUUUGACUCUGUACAGAUGUUAAACAUUCCCCAGACUUCGAAUCCCAAUCCCAACCCUCAGUACCGGAAAUUCCCAGCUUCUCUGUUUCACCCAUACACCCAUACCUCUCCCAGCCUUCUCCUCACUGUUCAAUCUUAAGUGGCCAUUGAAUGGUGUUUGCCUAUGACCUUCCCUCAUUCCCUAAGUGCUAACCUACAGUAUAGCCAUCCUGGGGUGCGUUCUCUUGACAGAUUCGCUAAAUAAGUUAGCAACUGAGAUGCUAUUUCCCAUUGGCACCCUACGAAGUUGCCAAGUGGUUUGCAAUGACGAUUUGGAGAAACAGGGUCCUGAUCCAAACAUCAAUUGCUCCUGGCUGGGUAUGUCCACAUCCAUGAUGAUAAACAAAACAAACUGCAUCAUCACCACUAGCCCCCCCCACCCCCCCACCCCCCAAAAAAGACAUUCCAGAUGUGGCUAAAUGGAUACCAAUACUUCACAAAAAAGGCAAAGUAAAAGAGACAUCAUGAAGCUUAUCUUACUGUAAAUGAAUGAAAAAGUAUUUUAAUGAAGGGUUGCUGUAGCCUUUGUGUUGUUUUUGCUGCUUGACACCCACUGGUGCUGUUGUUUGAAUCACAGCACCUAUUAGGGUAUGAUAUGGUACCAUUUAUGUUUUUUAAAAAACAUAAUAGGUACCAUCAGGUACCGUAGAAUACAUGUUUAAAAUAAGACAGUGUGAGCUUUUUGAUAUGACUGUGAUGAUGACGACUGAUCAUGUCCUUUAUUACUAGAUAGAUGUGUCAAAAAUCUGGUUAGAAUAUAAAAUAAAAUUCCUGCUGCACUUUCCUUCCAACUCACAGGUGACUUCACUGAAUAACUGGCCUACCUGUCUUGCAUACUUGUUAUGAUAAACUGAGUUACAGUUGGCUGGAUCAAAUUUGCGGUGGGGCUUUUCAUUUCAGAAUCUGGGAUUGGCACGCCUGUUUCUAGAACAUUCAAGGCCUGCUUCUUGCCCAUGAUUUCCCCCUUCUUUCCUUUUCCCAUUUCUCCGCCAAAGCAGCCUACACACCCCCUUCCCCAGCCUCAUCCUGCAUAUUUAACGUAAAAUGCAAAUUAUGUGUGUUUCUGUUCUGCUCUGAGUGUGGAAUGUUUCUAAACAGUUCUUUUUUUGAGUCUGUGCGGUUUAUGCUUUUUGCUUUGUUUUUUGUGUGUUUGUUUUUGUUUUUUUCUUCUUCUAUUCUUAUGUUGUUUCCUUUUUCUUUUUGUCAUAAUAAAUACUUGUUUGC